AUGGGGCUCCUUGAGAAUUCUCCUUUGGCCGUUUUCAUUUUUUUGCUGAUUGUCCUGGCCUUCUGUGUGCUCAUGAUACUCUGCAAGGUCUUCUACCGUGUCUAUUUAUCGAACCUUACUGGGAUUCCCGGUCCUUGGUUUGCCAAAGCUACCGGAUUAUAUGAAUUCUUUCAGGACUGGCGCCGCUUCGGAAGGUAUUUACAGAUGGUCGAACUGCUGCACGACAGAAAGGGCAAGAUCAUACGUAUCUCGCCGCACACUGUCUCCAUCGCCGAUGCUUCUGUCUAUCAUCGAUACCUUCUUGGACGUCGUGAUUUCGACUGGCCUAGUUACCCUGACGAGGAUAUCGUGAUAAGACCCUCUCAGUUACAGAUGAUACCAGCCGCUCAUAUCAGAAACGAUUACCUUGCACCAGAUAGACUGUUUCCACUUGAGCCUCUGAUUCUUCAAAAAUACGCUGGCUUUUUGCAUAAUCUUGAUCAAGCUCAGGCAGUCAACAACCCUCUCCGAAUGCAUAUGGUGUUCUUCAGUCUUGCUGCAGCGGUGAUGAAAGCUUGCUAUUUAAAACAAGACCCCACUCCGGCAGAUGGAUAUGGCCUUCAAGGAUACGGAUACCCGCUUUUUACACAGGAGCCCUGGUAUGUCAGUGGUAUUAGGUCGUUCUUUCGAAGCAUUGCGAGGAAAGUCGGAGCUAUCUGCGGGCCCAGGACACCAAGUGAUGUGACAGUCAUCAGGUGUCUAUUCAAUGGUAUCAGGAAUCCGCCAGUCGCCAUAGACGGUUUCACUCAACACGCUUCUCAAUAUAUUCUGAAUGACUUCAAUCGUAUGAUGCAGAGACCCCCAACGUACCGCUGGAUGAGCGAUAACGAUCUUGUUCUGGAUAUGUCUGUUCGUCUUAGCCGAGCAUUGACUGUACUCUUCAAUCAGCUUUUUCAUGACAGUGCUCGUCUCUCAGUGCUGCGACACGAGCUAAGCUCCAUCAUGGAAGGUCAUACACUGAGGCCAGUACUUCAUGAACUUAUUAGGCUGCCGUAUCUGAAUUCCUGCGUUCGUGAAGCGUUACGCCUGAGCGAUGCCAUGGAUAACUGCAUCAUUCGUUAUGAGAAUCGGACCAGUUGGGAGUAUCAAGAUGGCCCCAUCACAUGGAAGAUCCCGCAAGGCACACAUGUCCGUUUCAGUGCGAAGAUAUUGUUCCAGGAUCCACACUUGUUCCCGGACGCACGCUCUUUCCGGCCUGAACGAUUCACUGAGACUCCUGAGCUGAAGGACCUAUUCGACCAAUUCACCCGUGGUAUGGAAGCAACUGUGGCGACGAUGCUCCUGAGCACGGCGUUUCUUUUCCGAAGCUAUGCAACGGCGCACCUUGAGCCGGUGUCGGCUGUAGGCUGGUUUGACCUCCACGCCCCUUACUACCAGGGAGCGGAUCGUGAGCUCUUCUGGUUUGGGGGGUUUCCUCUGGUAUCACCUGAGGAGACCAGCCUACAGCACGUCAUCCGGCCAAGGCGGUUCACCGACCAGGAGGCGGACCGAGUGAGCCUUGACAUCGCGGACCUACGUCCGGAGAUGGUUAUCUUUGGGGAUGGCCGGUGA